GUGUGUGUGUGUGUGACGGGGAGGUGUGACAGGAAGCGGCAGUCAGUCAGUCAGUGGGAGGGAAGUGGCCGUGGCGGGCUGGUGGCAGCGACACGUGCACCAAAGCGGCAAAGACAGCUAGUCUAUCAGUGGGUGGAACAGACACACAGGCACAGACAGGCGUCCCGCUCACUACACCACCUCAGCCUCCUCUCCCUCCAACCAGGCAAACCUCGCCGCCUUCGCUGCCUAAACUUAAAUGGUCCCGAAACUGAAAGACGAGAAAAGUUCGCCGGUUAACGGGAUUGAGUGAAGUGAGCCAGAACGCGGCGCAUAGUUAAUCCAAACCUGAUGAUGAAGUGUGGGCGGCGUCCACCCAUGAUGGUGUAUGGCAAUGUGGGCGGGACACGUUGUUCCUUGCCUCACUGAACGAUUCCAGACAUGGGUGAGUGGCGCCGCGGCCUGAGUGAUGACACAACCACCUCAGGAGCGCCGCUGAGGGAGGCCAAGCACUCCAAGCGCUCCAGGCACGGCGUGGCGUGGGUGCACUGCCUGCUGGCCUCCCUGCUGCUGCUGCUGCUGCCGGGAUGCGAGGCUCAGGGCAGGCUGGUGGAUCCGCCCUCGCGAGCCUCCAUGUGGCGAUACGACUUCAGCAACCCGGUGGACUUCAACGACGACCGCGUGGACUGUGGCGGGUUCGUGCGGCAGUGGAGGAAGAACCAGGGACGGUGUGGUGUGUGUGGCGACCCCUGGGACAUGCCAGAGCCGCGCCCUCACGAGACCCGCGGCAGGUACGCCCGGGGCAUCAUAGUGCGCAACUACACGCAGGCACAGGCGGUGGUGGUGGAGGUGGAGGUGACAGCAGCGGGCAGCGGUCACUUUGAGUACCAGCUGUGUCCGCGAGCCAGCGCCUGGACCCAAGAGACCCAGCAAUGCUUCACACACGCCCUCAAGGACGACUUGGGCAGGAGCCAGAUCCCCGUGAACGUGACCCAGAAGUUUGCACGCCUGAGACACGUGCUGCGCCUUCCCCAGGAGAUAGUGUGCCUCGCCUGUGUUUUGCAGUGGAGGUUCGUGAAGAGGGGAACCGCAGGCCGCGAAGAGUACCGGGCCUGUGCUGACAUCACCAUCAGCCCCGUCUUCGCAGACAUCACCAUCACCCAGGGCAGCACAGCUAUCAACAUCACUCCUAUCACUGACAGCACCACCAUCACCACCACUGACACCACUACCACCACUACUCCCGUCACUGACACCACAACCACCACCACCACGACCAGUGCCACGGACGCGGGCACGAUCUCAAGUAUCACAAUCACGGAAGAAAUCACUGAAUCACUUUCUACAACAGCAAGAGCAAGUUUUCCAGAUUCGCGCGGGAAAUUCGUUUCUGCUUCCUCCUCGCAGUUUCCUGACAUCAACUUUUAUGGCUUUUCGCUCGCAACUCGCAAACCGGCACUCAAUUCCCAAAGACCACAGGGAGACGCGCCCCCCAUGCACACAAGAAGGAACGACCUGGUGCAGAAUGACAGGAGUGACGCUGAUAAGAGUGGCGCCAGCUCUCGUCUUCCCGCCUCACUUCACUGCGCCACAACUACAUUACUGUUGCUCCUCGUAAAUGUUGCAGUCUUUUCUCAUCACGCUCAGAGUUAAUAAUGUACGGAUAUAUUUAGAGCGUGUACAGAUUUUGUGUGAUUAACUAUUUACCCAACAGUACCUUAUUUAAGUAAGUAAUUUAUGCUCUCCAAAAAAAAUAAAA